GACUGCACAACUCUACAGAACCACAUCUGGGAGACUUGGGAUGGGCCACUGGGAUCAAAGCCUCACAUCAUUACACGGCAAAGUCUAAUGCUGAGCUGCUUGAUUUCAAUGAAUACAGAGCUAGACAACAUCUGGCUGUAUGAUGCGUUGUAAUUUCCCAUAGGUUGUAUUGUAAGUAGCAAGAGCACAGCAGCCAUCACCCUUCAGUGCAUCACCUGAAUGGCAAUAUGGACACCUUCAGUAGAGGAAUUUUGACUCAACAUGUCCAGGAACCAUGAGCCUGGUCAGUCAGUAGGGAUGUUGGCUGCCGUGGAACAUGGUCCCAUCCUCUGCAGCGACUCCAACAUCCUCUGCCUCUCGUGGAAAGGCCGGGUCCCUAAAAGCGAGAAGGACAAGCCAGUGUGUCGCAGGCGGUACUAUGAGGAGGGCUGGCUUGCCACGGGGAACGGGAGAGGAGUUGUUGGGGUGACGUUUACAUCGAGUCACUGCAGGAGGGACAGAAGUACACCUCAGAGAAUCAAUUUUAACCUGCGAGGACAUAACAGUGAGGUUGUCCUGGUGCGUUGGAAUGAACCCUUUCAGAAGCUGGCCACCUGUGAUAUGGAAGGAGGGAUUUUUGUAUGGAUCCAGUAUGAAGGAAGAUGGUCUGUGGAGUUAGUGAAUGACAGAGGAGCCCAGGUGAGUGACUUUACAUGGUCACAUGAUGGCACUCAAGCCCUCAUCGCGUACAGGGAUGGUUUUGUGUUAGUCGGCUCGGUCAGCGGACAAAGACACUGGUCCUCUGAGAUUAACUUGGAGAGUCAAAUCACCUGUGGCAUUUGGACACCUGAUGAUCAGCAGGUGUUGUUUGGUACAGCAGAUGGUCAGGUGAUAGUGAUGGACUGUCAUGGACGGAUGCUUGCUCAUGUUCUGUUACACGAGUCUGAUGGGAUCGUGAGCAUGUCCUGGAAUUGCCCUGAUUUCCUGGUUGAAGACAGUACAGAGAGCGACACCGACUCUGAUGACAACGUUCUGCCUCUAGUGCGGAGAGUCAAGCCUCUGUUGACAGUCACCUUCUUGUCAGGAGAUAUCAGUUUAAUGAACAACUAUGAUGACCUCUCUCCAGCCAUAAUUCGCUCAGGGCUGAAAGAUGUUGAGACCCAGUGGUGCUCGCAGGGAGACCUGCUGGCUGUGGCAGGCAUGGACAGACACGGGCUUCCUGCCGACUCUGCCUGCGUGUCCAUCAUGAGAAAUGCCCUUGUUAAGUUCUAUAAUGUACAAGGAGAACACAUCUACACAUUGGAAACACCUGCACAGAGACCCAUCACCACCAUCUGUUGGGGUCACAGAGAUUCUCGUCUGUUCCUUGCAUGUGGGCCGGCACUGUAUGUGGUGCGUGUGGAGCACAGAGUGGCCAGCCUCCAGCUUUUAUGUCAGCAGGGCAUCGCCAGCGCCCUGCGAGAGGAGAAAGAUGUGGGGAAGCUGAACAUUCCCUCGCUGCUCUGCUCUUAUGUCACCACUGCUUUCAUACCCACCAUCAAGCCCCCAAUCCCUGACCCCAACAACAUCCGUGACUUUGUCAGCUAUCCCACAGCUGGGAACGAGAGGCUGCACUGCACCAUGAAGCGAGCAGAGGACAGCCCUGAGGCAGGAGGACCCUGCUACACUCUCUACCUAGAAUAUUUAGGAGGGCUUGUGCCUAUUCUCAAAGGAAGGCGCAUCAGUAAACUACGGCCCGAGUUUGUCAUUAUGGAUCCAAAAACAGAUAGCAAAGCAGAGGAGGUGUGUGUGAAUCCCAUGAUCUCAUACACUGACAGCUGUAACUGCUCUGACUCCAGUGACAUUGAGUUGAGCGAUGAGUGGGUCGGGAAGAAGUCACCAAAGUUAUCCCGAGGAAACAGGAUAAACAUAGAAUCAAGAAAAUCUCCCAAACUUUCACGAGCAAAUCAGGAAGGCCAACGGUCGCCACGGUUGCCAACUAAGAAGCCUCCAGUUCGAUCACCAAGUCUAACCCGUCGAGAAUUUUCUAUGGAUGGGAUCACAGAGCACAACUACCUUGCUCAAGUCACAUCCAACAUUUGGGGAACAAAGUUCAAAAUUGUUGGACUAGCGUCGUUCCUUCCUACCAAUCUUGGUGCAGUCAUCUAUAAGACCAGUUUGCUUCAUUUGCAACCAAGACAGAUGACAAUUUACCUUCCAGAAGUGCGAAAGAUUUCACAUGACUUUAUGAGCUUGCCUGUGUUCAACCCCAAUGUGUUCAGUGAAGAUGAGGAUGACUUACCAGUGAUGGGGCCAUCUGGAGUGGCAGGAGACAAUCCUCCCUGCACAGUCAACAUUCCCAUUGCUCCUAUCCACAGCCCAGCUCAGGCCAUGUCCCCGACUCAGAGUAUUGGCCUGGUUCAGUCUCUGCUGGCCAAUCAGAACAUUCAGCUUGAUGUCCUGACCAACCCUACAGCCACUGCAGCAGCAGCAGCUGCAGCAGCAGCUUCUGUCCCCGUCACUGAUCAUGGCCAAGAUGCGGUUGCAACAUCAUACCCCGUGCCAACUAGAUACUCAAAUCCUGGUCAGGUGAUCUUCAGCGGGCUAGAGAUGGGAGCUCUUCUGCCUGGAACUCUACCACCCCCACCUCCACCUCACCAUCUCCCACCGCAGCCUCACCCACAGCGGUCUCAUUCACAGCAGCCUCACCAACAACCAUCGAAACAGUCACAACAGUCACAACAAAUGCAGACACAGCAGCAGCAGCAGAAAAUGCAUCAUCAUCAUCAGCAACAGCAACACCACCAUCAGUCCCAGUCACAGCAGCAACAACAGCAAUUACAGCAGCAACAACAGCAAUUACAGCAGCAACAUCAACAGCUACAGCAACUGCACCACCAACAGACGCUACAACAACAGCAGCAACAACACCAACAACACCAGGUUCAGCAACACCAACAAAUGCAGCAAACUCAACAUCAAGUAACAAACCAGCAAUUUCAACAUCAACAGCAAAUCCAACAUCAGCAGCAACAGAUGCAGCUGCAGCAUGAGCAGAUGCAGCAACAGCAGCAACAGAUGCAACAGCAACAGCAACAAAUCAGGCAACAGAUCCAGGAGAUGAGGCAGCAGCAGCAGCAGCUCCAGCAACAGCAUCAGCAGAUCCAGCAGCAACAUCAACAGAUGCAGAGGCAGCACCAACAAAUGCAGCAGCAGCUGAAGAUACAGAUGUCACUGCCCCCUCCUCCAUCUGGCUAUCCAACUAUUUCCUUACAACAGCUUCAUCUUCUGCCUCAAAUUCCUCCACUGACCACUGAGCCUGGGUUAGACAGGGGUGAGCAUGGACACACUCUGAAGCCAACUCUGCCACGAACUUUACCUCCCUCCUUAAAUGACAGAGAUGGGUCUGUGGAGAUUCAGAUGAGGAAGGUGAAUCCUCCUCCCCCGUACCCAGGGACCGUGGUGUCUGCAGCAGUGGCUACAGCUGCUGCUACACCUCAAACUCUUGUCACAAACUGUGACAAGCCGAGUGUCCUGGCUCCUGACCCCUGUCUUAAGAAAGAUGAGUUUUUGCUUAACUCUGUCACCUUACAGUACCCAACUCCUCUGGGGUAUGAAAGGAUCACAACCUUUGACAGCAGUGGCAAUGUGGAGGAGGUUUGUCGACCACGCAGGCGCCUCAUUCGCAACCAAAAUGCAUAUACUGUGCAUGGCAUCGGGGGCUCAGCUACACUCAAAGUUACUUCCUCUGAGAGUAAAAAAAUUCAGCUUCCAUACAGCUCAGCGACACUGAGUCGUCUUUCUGUCCCUCGAUACUCAAUACCAAGUGGAGACCCUCCACCCUACCCUGAUCCGGCCAAUCAGCCACUAACUGCAACACUUCCUCCCCCCCAGAGAAUUGAUAGCAGUCUGAUGCAUGCCACUCUACGCCAUGACCGCAGAGAUGUGGGACUUAAAGUGCCACAGCUGAUGGAAAGCUCAAGAACCCUUCCCACCAAGGCAAAAAUGAACAGUGCACUACCUCUUAGCUACCAGCAGAGGGUGCCCACUGCACUGUACACAUGCACACAGUGUAGCAGUAAUAGCAGCAGCACCAGUGUCAGUGUCACUGGAGGGGGAACUACAAGUAGUGGUAUUGCAGGUGGCACAGUGGUGAGACAGGACUUCCCACCGGGCAAAGGUGCACAUCACAGUACUAUUAUCGUGCACUCCAAAAGUGCCUCACCCCUGGCCUCCCAGUCAUCUUACAGUCUGCUGGGUGCUGUUGAUAAAAGCCGAGACAGAACAGUGUAUGUUAACUCUGCCUUUACAGAGGAUGAGACUUUAAACCAGCAGUGUCACCUUGAAAAAUCUGUGCGUCAGUUAACGCUUGGUGAUGUGAGUUUGACAGUUAAACGCCCUCCGCCUUACCAGUGGGACACCUCCGCCACAGAGGAGUUCUGGCUCACCCCAGAGCAAACAAUGUUAGCUCCCCCACUGGGACCUCAUAAACCACCUCCGAUCAUCAUCAGUCAAACUCAGCACUUGGAUAUGACCCGACUUCCUUUUGUCCUCACGACUAAACCUCCAACCAGUCCGAGCACAAGCACUCUUACUUUUCCAUCAGGGUACCAGAUAUCCCUAUCUCCUUUUCCUCCGGGUGUGUCUCACAGUGGACCCCCACUUCAGACCUUACAGAACCCUCCACCACAGUGCUCUCCAAAUGAAGUGGUUGGUCCAGUCCCUUUUGCUCAGCAGGAUCCCAGUUUGGUCUUGCCUCCAGGUUACCCUCCGAAUCUUGCUAACUUGGCUUGCUGUCCUCUCCCUCCAAUGUAUCCAGGAGCCAGCUCAUGUGCUGGACUCCAGCUGCACCCUGUCAGCCUUCACCCCUGGAACCCCUACCCAUGCCCACCACCCAUGCAAGACCCUCCAGCACCUCCCCUCCCUACCAAAACUCAUCAGAUUUUAGAGAAGCCAAUUCUCUCCCCACCACCUCCAACUGCUCCCCCUCCACCGCCCCCUCUCCCCCCUCCUCCUCCACCUACUGAGCUACCACCAUCCAAAAGUGCUACAGAGGAUCUAGCAGAGUCUGCCAACAACUUUCCAGAGCCAUCAUCUCUGAAUGAAAGUCCUGUGCCACAGGAGUCAGAGCGAUUCAACAAGAAGAGCCGUAAAAGACUGGACAGUAGAGCCGAGGAGGCCAACAUGCCCACUGUCUCUGAGGGCAAAUCCAGAAAGGAUGGGCGUGCACUCUCUGAUUUUAACACCCUCAUUUCCAGCCCAAGGCUUGGCAGUAGAGAGAAGAAAAAGCCCAAGGGACAGAGAGAGCAACUCAAUAAAACCAAGAAGAUGAGCAGGACCACAAAUGAGUUCCAGGAUAGUUCAGAGAGUGAGCCAGAGCUGUUCAUUAGUGGUGAUGAGCUCAUGAACCAGAACCAGAGUAGUAAGAAGAGCUGGAAGAACAAGCGUAGCCUGCGUAUGGCGAGUGAGCUGGAGGAGAUUAAAUGCCGCAAGGCGAAUGAAAGAGAAGACCGUAGCUUGGGCAGCCAAGGGUUUGUCUAUGUUAUGGCCAAUAAACAACCAUUAUGGAACGAAGCCACCCAGGUCUAUCAGCUGGACUUUGGAGGACGAGUCACACAGGAGUCAGCAAAGAAUUUUCAGAUCGAGCUGGACGGUAGACAGGUCAUGCAGUUUGGGCGAAUAGAUGGGAAUGCAUAUAUUUUAGAUUUCCAGUAUCCUUUCUCAGCAGUACAGGCAUUUGCUGUUGCCUUGGCCAAUGUGACUCAAAGGCUGAAGUGAAAAAGUUGUUUUGUGUUGUUGUAAACAAAUUGAAAAGAAGCCACAGUGGCGUUACUGUCCAACCUGUGAUGUGGGGCUAAGAAAAUGUCAGUGUUGUGGCGGUUCUGUUUUUUAAAGAGGAAAUUAAUAUACAAGUUGGUCUUGCACAUGCUGAUAAUUUACAGUCAGGGCAGAGUCAGUCUAGGUCAGUGAGGAUGAAGUUAUGCUCUUAAUUCAUAAGGCCUAGUUGAUAUGUUGAAUGCUUUCAAGCUAAUUUUAUUUAUUAUUCAAAUAUUAAUUACUGGAAUAAAUGAUACACAACCUAAUGUCAUAUGUCAAACUUUCUUGGAUAAACAAAAGGUAAACUAUAUUAUAUGAGUCAAAGGUGUGGACACUUUCCCGCUAAAUUUAAUGGGACAGCAUUUAUGAUGCGUCCAAAAAAAAGUAAAUAUCUUGAAGUAGACUGGCAUUCAAAAUUGCAGAUAAAAUUUCCGUAAGCCAUACCCUAUCUGAACCAAACACUGUACUAUUUUAAGUAUUUAAGUGCAGUCAAUGAAUUGUGUUUCUUAUGAGUAUCAAGUUUAUUGUUAUUUGGGUUUCAAUGUCUUUGUUUCAUCUUCAUUUAAAUCCAGUUUGUUCAAAUUCUUCUGUUUUGUUAGUAAAAUCUCAUAUACAUUAUGUUUUAGUUGCUGAACAUGCAUUUGAAGAAUAUAUUGAGUUUGUAAUAGCAACAUGAAUAGCUGGGUACAGAUAGCCAUAGUUUGUAUAUUUUCUAUCUGUGUUACUUCUAUGAAGUGGUGCAAUGAACUUAGUCAUUCAUAUUUUUGGCCACUGCAAAUCAUGAUAAUUUUACAAUGUGUUAAUUUUCCAUGUGUGAAAUUAAACACUGUCAAAUGUUUUUUCUCCCUCCCUUUACAAUGGCUCAAAUUGUCAGUAAUGGUGUAGUGAGUACAGUAUAGGUGUGCCAAAUAUAGUCAAAUGUGUUUGGCUGAAAGUAAAUCAGUAGGAAAAUUCAAUAUUCUUUUCUGAUGGUCUCAUACCCAAACAUAAUAAUUUGCAUAUGGUAAAGAUGGAGAUCUUCCCAGUCGGUCUCACUUGGUUGGCUCUGUGUUGUUUUCAUUGGGUGUUUAUGAUGCUGCUUGAAAACUGCAAUAGAAUGUGAAGUACAGUAGUUUGCCUCUUUGGAAAUCAGUGCUGCUUUAGAUAGAGCUUGUUUGCACUAAUGCUACCUACAUAGAACUGAUGUUGUAUUCGCAAACAAAAAUAUCAUGCUGCUUGCACUUUGUAUUUAGUAAGUGACCUAACAUCAUUAUAUGCUUACAAAAAUGUGCUUAUAUGUUGCUAAUUUUGGUCAUUUUUGCACUUCACCUUUGUUUUAACAUGGUAUAAAGAGUUUUUUGAUGUUGCACUUACAGAAAAAAGAACAAAAAACUUGCAAAGGAAUUAAAUAUAACAUAGGUUUUUCAGAUUACUUGUUAGUAGGAGUGAGAUUUGUGUAUAUUUGGUGCUAAUGUAUAAAGAAACAACUGAGAAAGUGUUUGGACGUUUGUCAUUUGCAUUUAGGUUAUUUUAACAUGAAAGUGUUUUAAGAGAGCUUAUAGGAAAUUUAGUAGAGAGAUUUCAUUUAAGAGCUCUUUAUUUAAAGCAGCUUCAGAGACUUCAGAAAAGGUCUGUGUCAGUUAUCAGCAAUACUGCCUAAUGAAUAGUUGGUUGCCUGAUUUCCUUUCUCUCUCUCUCUCUUUAUUUGUGAAGGAAACAAAAAAAAUGACAUGACCAUGGGUUUACAAGGACCUAUAGGCUGGCCAGAAUAAAAAUCUAUUGU